GAAAGUAAAAUUCAUAGAAUUAGCACUUUGUAAAGGUUAAUUCGAUGCCAGUGUUACGUCCGAAGGUAAACAUCACACCCAUGAAUAUAAGGAAAAUUUCAGAGUAGGUCGAUUUUGUCUAUUAUCGCCCACUCUCUUUUGUAUCCAGUUCAUGAUUUGGAAUCGAAUAUGAGAUGAGCAGAAGGGGAGUUGUAUUGGCGAAAUUCGACUGUUUACAACUAAUCGUAGUCAGAGAAAUUAGAAUCUUGGCCGUUCACAAAGAUGCUCAAUGAUUCAUGUCAGCUUGUUCUUUUAUUUAACAGUUUAACGAAUGGUUUUCAAAAAGCAUUUAUUUUGCCGAAUGAAUGUUCGUCAACAUCAUCCACGCUAACAAGUGUAUCGAUGAAGCAAAAGGCUCAGUACACUGAGUCAUUACUUAAGCCGUCUCCGUCAUUAAAAUUACACCAUCACCAUCCACAAAAACGUCCAAUGGUACAUUUUGACACGAAUGCGUUAAAUAGUUUUCAUUUGAAAAAUACAGCAGCAAUGCUAAAUUCUACGUCUUCAUCAUCGAAAUUACAAUAUGAACUUUCUCAGGAUCUUCAGGAUAAACAGAUUGAAAUGCUCGAGCGAAAAUACGGUGGUGGUUUAUGUGCAAAACGAGCUGCAUCGAUUAUUCAACGUGCAUUUCGCCGAUAUAAACUAGAAACAAAUUUUCGUCUAAUAUGUGAAACAGCCAAAACGAAUAAGCGUUUGUCGCGUACAUUUUCCGAACAACAACGUCCUCUGUUUUCAUUUUAUCAAGAAAAAAUAGCAACAACUCCGAUACUGAAACCGUGUCUUCGAAUGAGAAAGUCAGAUACAACACCUAUCAGCAACGAAAAGGAGAACAACAGUUCGUCGUCAUCUUCAUCGAAUACGCCAACAAAUGAACAUUUUAUUGAUAGAAAGAUAGAUUUGCCAAGUGUCAACUUUGAACAUUUUAUUGAGGGAAAUGAGAAAACACAACAACAGCUUGAACAUCAACACGAUAAAUCAUUGCGAAAACCAACCAAACGUGUUCUAAUCGUGACGGAUAACGAUAAGAAUAUGCUCGACUCUUUAAUUAAAGAAGAAACGAGUAGCAAAGAUAUUGAAAAUAGCCUUCGAUUAUGUACAUUGGCGUCAAAAGCACGACCAGUAUUUGGAGAAGCACGAACUAAUAGCGAUUUUGUUGAUGAACAGCAAUCGUCCAUUGUACUAGUUGAAUCAUCGAUAAAGGAUAUUCCCAAAAUACAUGUUCCGUCAUCAAUCGAUUGGUUCAAAAAUACAUCUGAUUCCAAUUUCUAUAAAGAUUUAACUGGUUCGCCAUUAGAAUGCCGGAAAUUAUCCCCUCGAGCUGAUAUUAAACCUGAACCACCUACAAGAAGUAGUAAGACAAAAAUAUCGGUUGCUAGAAGUGCGAAUGACUCAAAAAUGACACGACCGUUACUUUCUCCUUACGUCACAUCACCGAUAUGGAAACGAAAAGUAACAUUAGAUAUUGACAAUAGUCGUUUGAGUAAUCUAUCCGAAACGAGCGAUAGUAGUGAUCUUUUAGAAAGUCCCAGCUUAUCGAUAACCGCAUUUAGUCAAUCAUCAACAACCAGUUCCGAUCGCGAUAAUAUGAGCCUGCAGUCGAACAGUAGUACAAAUGAUAGUUACUCGAAUUCAUCUUAUUCAAACAGGAAUUCGGCAACGAGUCUCGAAUCACAACCAUCAUCUGUUCAACAAAUUCCAACGAUAUAUGAACAACAGAUGGACAACAACAAGAUAGAAACAAGAAAUCUCACUAUUGAUCCUUCACUGGAAGGACAAGAAAGAAUACUUGCAAUUAAAGCAAAUGAAACAUAUCGACGUAGAUGUUACAGAGCAGGAUUAAAUGUUUUCAAUAAAAAACCUGAACGUGGUAUUCAGUAUCUGAUUAACAAUCGUUUUCUCGAGCCAAAUCCACAAGCUGUCGCACGAUUUUUGUUAACACGAAAAGGCCUCAGUCGUCAAAUGAUUGGAGAGUAUUUGGGCAAUUUACAAAAUCAUUUUGCUAUGCAAGUUUUGCACGCUUUUGCUGCCGAAAUGGACUUUCAAGAGCAACCGAUAGAUAUAGCACUGCGUAAAUUUCAAUCUUCGUUUCGAUUACCUGGUGAAGCACAAAAAAUUGAGCAACUUAUGAAGGUAUUUGGUCAACGUUAUUAUCAGACAAAUUUACUAAAUACACAAUGUCGCAGUCCCGAUACAAUAUUUAUUCUUGCAUUUGCUAUUAUUAUGUUGAAUACCGAUUUACAUAGUCGAAAUAUUAAAUCGGAUAAGAAAAUGAAACUAGAACAAUUUAUAAAAAAUUUAAAAGGUAUUGAUGAUGGUGAAGAUCUUGAUCCCAUUUAUCUCAAAGGUAUAUAUGAACGUAUUAAAACAAAAGAAUUUCGUCCAGAUAGCGAUCAUGUGACACAGUGUGCAAAAUUUGAACAAACACUUAUUGGAAAAAAACCAUCAUUAAUAGCACCACAUCGACGACUUGUAUGCUAUUGUCGAUUAUAUGAAAUACAUGAUUUAACUAAACGUGAACGUUUAACAGCACAUCAACGAGAAGUAUUUUUAUUCAAUGAUUUACUUGUGAUAACUAAAAUAUCAAAUAAAAAACGUAAUCAAAUUCAGUAUACAUUUCGUCAUGGUUUUCGAUUAUCUGGUAUGAAUUUAUAUUUAUUUGAAACAUCACAUUAUCAACAUGGAAUACGUUUAGUUCGAAAACCAGAUACAAAUCAAACACAUUUAAUAACAUUUAAUGCUCGAAAUGAACAUGAUCGAACAAAAUUUUGUGAAGAUUUAAAAGAAGCAAUAAUGGAGAUGGAUGAAAUGGAGAGUCUUCGAAUUCAAUCUGAAUUAGAUAAACUUCGUUUAUCAUGGAGUCCAUUACCACGUGAAGAUACAAAUGGAUCAAUAACAACAACAACAACAACAACAAUACAAUCAACUUUACCAACUACAAUAGAUUAUUCAAUUGUUGAUUCAAAACGAAAUCAUAUUCGUCCAUUAUCGCGAACCUUAUCAAAUUCAAUGCUUGAUAUAACGAAUACAAAUGGCAAUGGAACAUCAUUUAUUUCAACAACUGAACAAUUACGUCGAAGAAAUUCACAAUGUUCUUUAUUAAAUAGUUAA